GCCCAUCACAAUAAGCGAGGUCAAGUAGAUCAGGUUUUGCUGCCAAAAGCUUAUAUCACUUUGACAAUACCGACAAUGUCAGUUGAAUCCCGUGAUGACAUCAUCCAUAUUCCUGAAGGACAAGAUAAUUUGGAAAGAAACAGGCAUGCUGGGUACGAAACCAUUGACAAAAUUAAAUGUGCUGCUGGUAGUCAUGCUGGCACAGACAACAACGACCCUGGAUCUGUUGAGUACCACUACAUUGACGACGCCAACCCAACCUCUGACCAUCCAGCCGUUGAAGAAAACCAGUCGGAAGUCAACGACUAUGAAGACAUUGCUGGAACUAACCCAGCCUAUGAUUACAUUCAAGCAACGCACGAGCCACUUACGCUAACAUCUAGGUGUAUGAAGGCUGUUGUAUUUCUCGUACCCACAUUCGCCAGUGUGACACUGAGUAUCAUAGCUGGGUUCUUCACGUCCUUUAUGUUCCAUACCCUCUUCUUGCCAAGAAAAAUAUCCUUGGAAGAUGGAGGGAUCACUGCUGAAGCAGGAACCACAUUUAUUGUGUUUUCUUCACUAGCAGCUGCUUCCUGUGGGCCGCUCAUGAUCAGAUUUGGCUUCCGGAAGGUUGCUCUAGCCGGAAGUGUUCUGCUCAUCUGUUCCUCUCUCUCGUCGUCAGUGACAACCACAGCCGAUAACCUAUCUUUCCUAUUCGGCAUCAUGGGAGGACUUGCUGUGGGUCAUCUCCGGACUCUGGGUGUUGUGGCUAUCGUCGACCAACUCUACACUCGCCAAACCCUAGCCCUUAUUGUCAGCCAUACUGGCUUCACCCUUGGGAACGUUGGGAGUAUUUUCGGACUCCAAAGAUCUGACUGGCACAUCGACAGGAGAGUGUUUGAGAUGACUGCUGUAAUAGGACUGAUCGCCGGUUGUUGUCUUCAGAGGACCUCCCAGGCACAGAAGAAUGUGUCCAUGCUGUUCAAACACCCACCGUUUUAUUUCCUCAUCUCGAUCACACUUGUCACAUCUGUAGGGUUGUCAAUCCUUCAGGCAGAAAUCAUCAUCUUCGAUUACACUGUCUUUAUCUUCGUCAGUCAGCAUCUUGUGCUGGGUGUCCUGGUUAUCAUCUGGAUCUUCCAGAAGAAGAAGCUGAAAGAGUCAUAUCUUUUCUCGAUGGGGAUACCGGUCGUAGCUCUCGGUCUAGUUGCCAUGGUCCCCAAGGAUGUCUUUUACAAUCGUGGAGCUUUAGUGGCCUCUUCCUUGUUGCUUGGAGCUGUUGUAGCGUUGUCUCAAGUCAUGUUGGCGUUAGCUUUGGUGAACACUACAGGCAGAAAAAACCUGAAACUGUCUCUCCCUCUGCUGGUCUGCCUUGACGAGAUGGGACGAGUUAUCGGCGGCUCCAUCCAGGCAUGCUCCCCAGUAAAUGCUGCUCUGUAUUGUGCUGGCGUGUCCCUGAUCAUUGCCGGAGUUGGGGCCAUCACUGCAGCCGUGGCGAUAAAACGCUGGCCUUCUCUCAGUGAUCAAGCAGAGGACCCUGUCCAGGACCAAGUACAGGAGACAGAGAACGAUGUCGAGGGCCGUGUACAAGAGGCAGAGGACCGUGUCGGACCGUGUCGAGGACCAAGUACAGGAGACAGAGAACCAUGUCGAGGACCGUGUACAAGAGGCAGAGGACCGUGUCGAGGACCAAGUACAGGAGACAGAGGACCAUGUCGAGGACCGUGCACAAGAGGCAAAGGACCGUGUCGAGAACUGUAUACAGGAGGUAAAGCAACAUGUGAGGGACCGUGUGGUCGAAGCAGAGGACAAUCUCAAGAACCGUAUGGACGAAGCAGAGACACCCUUAUAACAGUAAACCAGUCUUGCUCGGGUUCAUUGUUAAACGAUAGAAAUGAUUGGACACAGUGUGCCAUUGUAACUGUAUCGGAGAAAGAAAGUUUGAACGGGUAACCUUGAAAAACGUAAUGCGAUGAUUUCCCCUAAAGUUGAUUCGACUGUAAUGAAAAUAUCUCUCAUUUGGGGACUGUAACCUGUCGAUAUAUUGCUCAAAAUUGUCGGAAAUGGAUUGUAAGUUGAGCUCUUGCAUUCUUAACGAUUAUUCUAGAUUUUUUAAUGUUGUGUAAUAAUGUACAUGUAGUCGAGGGCUACCACAGCAUUUUGUACAGAUAAACCACCUUGAAUAACUCCACCAACGUCCCUUUGAACCUCUUGCUCUCGAAGAGUGAGUGAGUAUGGAUUAACGCCGCUUUUAGCAAUAUUCCAGCAAUAUCACGGCGGGUGACAACAGAAAUGGGCUUCCCACAAUGUACCCAUGUGGGGAAUGGAAUCCGGGUCCUCGGAGUGACGAGCGAACACUUUAACCACCAGGCUACCCCACAGCCCCUGCUCUCGAAGAAAUCCUUUUGACACAUGCUAGUGGGAACUCCGUACUGGUCUACCGUACUGGUCGCGUACGGUAGACCUUUCUGUACUUGAUACGUCAUCUUGAAUAAAGCAUCUUUCUUUUCAA